AUGACGCUACGCUUCCUCGCAUCCCCCAUCAACCCGGCAGACAUCAACCAGAUCCAAGGCGUAUAUCCCUCCAAACCCACAUUCACGACCAGUCUCUCCACCGCCGAACCCAUCGCCGUAGCCGGAAACGAGGGUGUGGCUGAGAUCAUAGCACUAGGUGAUAAGGUGAAGGGCGAGGGCUACAAAAAGGGCGACUGGGUCUUCAUGAAAGGCCCUGGCUUCGGCACCUGGAGAACCCACGCUGCUGCAACGACGGAUCAAGUCGUCAAGCUCGACGACUCGAUGCGGGAAGGAAUAAGUGCCAUUCAAGCUGGCACAGUAAGCAUAAAUCCUUGCACAGCGUACCGUAUGCUGCGCGACUUCACAACAUUGAAAGAGGGCGAAUGGUUCAUUCAAAACGGCGCAAAUUCAGGCGUAGGACGCGCUGCUAUCCAGCUGGGUAAGAAGUGGGGGUACAAAAGCAUAAACGUUAUCCGCGCCCGCGACGACAAGGCUGCCGAAGACAAGCUGAAGCAGGAUUUGAAAGGCUUGGGCGCAGAUGUGGUCAUCACAGAUGCAGAGCUCCAAGCACAAGGCGUGAAGGAUCAAGCAAAAGAAUGGACCAAUGGUGGCCGUGAGCCCAUCCGCCUUGCGUUGAAUUGUGUGAAUGGUAAAGCAGCGACCGCAAUGGCAAAGUUGCUCUCGCCUUCUAGUCAUUUCGUUACAUACGGCGCCAUGUCCAAACAACCUCUGGCAAUCCCCGCAUCUAUGCUCAUCUUCAAAGACGUUCAUUUCCACGGCUUCUGGGUCAGUCGAUGGGCAGAGAAGCAUCCCGAAGAGAAGCAAAAGACUGUUGCGCAUGUGCUCGACAUGACACGCAAGGGAGAGUUCAAGGACACACCCUUCGACAAGAUAAGUUGGGAGUGGGAGACCACAGGUGAGGAAUUGAUUGCAAAGGUCAAAGAUACCUUGGAAGGAUACCGGCAAGGCAAGGGCGUCUUUGUGUUUGGUGAGACAUAG